CCUCUACCACUUAAUGAAAACGAAACAAACUGCCAUCUUGUUAAAUAGUUCCAUUCUGGUCUAGUGUUAGGCCUAGGGCUGAAAGAUGGAUAUAAAUAAACCCGGAAGCUGUGAACGGAAACGCCUACCAAACCUGAACAAACCCGUUCAUUCUACGCCUAUCUAACAAUCUAAACUAAAAUUCUAAACUCUAUACUAAACUUAGCGUCUUUGACAAUUGAUCAAUCCAAACCAUGCAAAACACAAACGAAAUUGAUGGUAUGGUGCAAAGUGCAGGUCACAUUGAAAUGGAGUUAAAAUUCAAAGAUAUGAAAUCAGAUUUAGAAGAUUUUAAACUAAGUAUAUUGCCACAGUUUUCAACUUUUGAAGACAAGAAACCAGAUGAAACAUUACAAUAUUUACCUAGUGAGGAUGAAAAAUCAAAUGAACCAAAGCCACUUUUUAAUUCCGAUGGGAUUAAAUCAGAUAAUUUUACAUUAUAUUCAACUUUUGAAGAAAUGAAACCAACAGCUUUUCCUAUGUUUGAAGAUGUAAAGCCAGAUAUAUUAACACUUUCAUCAUGGGAGAGUAAGCAGUAUCAUGGUUUAGAAGUACAACCACAGCUAAAAAUUCCAUCAGAUUCAACUGCUAUGAAUGAAAAUUUUACUGCUUUAAAAUCAGAUCAUCAUACAGCAUUUAUUGAUAAUCUCCCAAUAAAACAUCAGCUCAAUGAUAAGGGACAGGAGACAUACAAGUGUGAUAUGUGUUGUCAAACAUUUUCAUGUUUGGAUAAUAUUGCACAACAUAUGAAGAUUCACACAGGAGAGAUUCCCUAUCAGUAUGGUUUACAUCAGCAAAAAGCUGUUAAGCAAUUUAAGAAAAUAGAUACAGAACAGGUGAACGAUAAGUCUGGUUUGCAUACUGUAGAUGGAUCAUAUGAAUGUUAUAUUUGUCAUAAUAUGUUUAAUCAUUGGUCUAAUCAUUUGGCUGAGCAUAAAAAUAUUCAUUCUGGAAUCAAGCAGUAUGAAUGUGAUAUUUGUCAUAAAAAUUUUAACUGUAAGAGUAGUUUACAUCGGCAUAAAAAUAUUCAUUCUGGACAAAAGCAACUUGAAUGCGAUGUUUGUCAUAAAAGGUUUAGACAGAAAGGUAAUUUAUCAGAACAUAAAGCUAUGCAUUUUGGGAUUAAGCCACAUGAAUGUGAUGUUUGUCAUAAAAAGUUUACCCAUAGGUCUAAUUUAACUAGGCAUAAACAAAUUCAUUCUGGACUUAAGCCACAUGAAUUUGAUGUUUGUCAUAAAAAAUUUAACCUCAAAAGUAAUUUGUCUCAACAUGAAAUAAACAUUCAUGCUGGAUUUGAGCCACAUGAAACUGAUGUUUGUCAUAAAAAGUUUACAUAUGAUGAAGGUCAUUCAUCAGAAUGUAAAAAGGUUCAUUCAGAAGAGUGUACAGAUGAAUGUGAUGUACAUCAUAUGAUUAAGAAGUUUAUUAGAAACAGUCAUUUAUCUGAACAUAAAAAUAUAUAUUUUGGACUUAAGCCACAUGAAUGUGAUAUUUGUCAUAAAACAUUUACUUAUGGAUGUCAUUUAUCAGAACAUAAAAAGGUUCAUUCAGAAGAGAGGCCACAUGAAUGUGAAAUAUGUCAUAAGAAGUUUAUUAGAAAGGAUCAUUUAUCUCAACAUAAAAAUAUUCAUUCUGGACUUAAGCCACAUGAAUGUGAUGUUUGUCAUAAAACAUUCAAUCAUAGGUCUAAUUUUUUUUGGCAUAAACGUAGUCAUUCUGGACUUAAGCCAUAUGAAUGUGAUGUUUGUCAUAAAACGUUUGGUAUGAAGUCACGGUUAUCUAGGCAUAAACAAAAUAUUCAUUUUGGACUUAAGCCACACGAAUGUGAUGUUUGUCAUAAAACCUUUUCCCAGAAGUCUCAUCUGUCUAGACAUUUAAAGUCUCAUUUUGGACAAAUGAGGCCAUAAAAUGUUUACUCAGAAGUAUAAUUUAUCUAAACACAAUUUUUUUUUACUCUGUACUUAAGCCACAUGAAUGUUGUGGUUGUCGUAAAACCUUUAGUGAUCUAAAUGUUCACAUACACGCACACAAAUCUUCAAGGAAGAUAUGACAUUUUUUUUUCUCUAAUGCAUGUUUAUUGCAUCAUCCAUUUUAAAAAUAUACCACCAAAUUGUAAAUGCAGUUUUUAUCUACAGAAUGAAGUUUGUUUAAAAUAUUCACUUCAUAUUUGUUAUGUGUGCUACAUUUUGACCAAGAAUUUGUGUAUCUGACAUAUAGGCAAAAUAUGUACACUGUUACAAAAUAUGUGUGGAGCAACAAUGUUCUCUCAACCAAGAGAAAAUGAAUAUUUUAAUUUAUUGAAUGUGUUUUUUAUAAGAUGUCUCAUACUUUUUUGUGACCUUUAUUUCAUGUUUGCAAGAAUAGCAUACUGGCAAACUUUAGACAAUUCAAUUCACAUAAAAAUACAUUUUUUUUUUCUUUUUAUGCUCUUGAUAAAUUAUUUAACAUUUACAAAAAAAAACUUUUUUGUUAUAUAAACAAUACCCAAAAUAUCUCAGAAAAAACAAAAAGCAUUUUUAUUUUAUUAACAAUAUCUCAGAUAUAUUUUUGAGGAAUUCAUAUCAAGGAUGAUUAGAUAUAAGUUAGCGUCUAUUCUAAAUGGGAUUUUGGAAAUAAGUUAGACUGUCCAUUUUUAGUACAGUAUGCCAAAUGCUAAAAUGUAAAAUAUUAAAACAUUAUCAAAAUAGCAGGACUACCUAAAUUUUAAAGUAGUGCAAAUUAAACAGAUCAAUGCAUUAAAAUAAUGUGUGAUAAUUGCAUUUGUAAUUGGUUUUUAAAAUUUCUUUCAUAUUUCUGUUACUAAAAUUAAUUUGGAUUUGGUGAUUCAUGAGUCAGAAGAAGUGGAGUUCACCUGUAACUAUGAAUUCAGUGCAUGAAGUAUGUGGUCAGCACUAUGUCCAAAAAAAAUAUUCUCUAUAAAUUAAAAAAAAAAUAUAUAUAUUAUGACAACUUUUUAAAAUAUGGAUGUCACAUGUUAUUUUAUAAAGGAAGUUGUUUGCAAUAUUUUGUUUCAAAAUUCAGAAUUUUUUAUUGUAUAGAAAUUAAGAAUGGUGUUGUGUGAAUUGGGUUGAGGCUACAUCUCUAGUAAUACUUUGGUGGGUGGUGGUUUGUAAAUAUUGAUAUAGAUUUACUACUAUUAUAUGUAUUUAUUAAUAUUUAUAAAAGUUGUUUAUGUUCUUUUUCCA